AUGACAGCCGCUGCACCCGACGCCCCCGCUGACAUCGCCUCGCUGCCCUUCGAGGCCGCCAUGUCGGAACUUGAGGCGAUCGUGCGUCGCCUUGAGGAAGGCCGUGUCGACCUUGAGGAAUCGAUUGUGAUCUUCGAGCGCGGCGAGGCGCUGAAACGCCAUUGUGAGGGACUGUUGCGGGCGGCUGAGGCGCGCAUUGAGAAGAUCGCUCUCGGCCCGGACGCCCGGCCGACCGGCGUUAUGCCGCUGGAUCCUGAGUAA